CGCAACUUUAUUGACAGCGGAAGUUCGCUCCUGUUAAUGCUAAGGGAACACACGUGCCUUUUAAUGUGGUUGAAGGUUAAACGCUGGUAGUCGGUUGUUGGAACGGAGCGAGAGGUUCCGGAGUCUAGUCGGGGUGGGUUCGGGGUAAAGCUUGGAGGGGUGUAAAACGCCGAAAUGGAUCCCAUGAAGGCGCAGCAGCUAGCGGCGGAGCUGGAAGUGGAAAUGAUGGCCGAUAUGUACAAUCGCAUGACGAAUGCCUGCCACAGGAAGUGCGUGCCCCCCCACUAUAAGGAAGCGGAGCUGUCGAAAGGAGAGGCGGUGUGCCUGGACCGCUGUGUGGCCAAGUACCUGGAGCUGCACGAACGGCUGGGCCGCAAGCUGACGGAGCUGUCCGUCCACGACGAGGAGCUGAUGAAGCGUGCGGCCGGGGGCUCCGCCUCGGGGUAGAGCCGCACCUACGCUCACCUGCGCACACCUGUGCACAUCUGUGCACAUCUGCUGGACUGGGGCAUGGGUGGGGGAGAGGAGGGGAAGGGGUG